AAGGCGCGUCAUGCAGCCUCCGGAGCAGAGAGGGAAAUGUUUUUAUAUCUCCCUGAAUCAGUGCAUUGUGCAGGAAUGAGGUCCCCCCUGCUGGCACAUCUUCUUCUCGCCCUGCUCCUGGCAGCAGGGAGAGAUGUCACAGGGGAGGAGCUGGACAGGAAGCCCAACUUUGUUCUGAUGAUGGUGGACGACCUGGGCAUCGGUGAUAUAGGAUGCUACGGUAAUGACACCAUCAGGACUCCCAACAUAGACAGACUUGCUUCUGAAGGGGUUAAGUUGACUCAGCACAUUGCAGCUGCUCCUCUCUGCACCCCAAGCCGUGCUGCUUUUAUGACAGGUCGCUACGCGUUCCGCUCAGGAUUGGGUAGCUUUGGCCGUGUGCAGGUGCUGCUGUUUCUUGCGGGUUCAGGGGGGCUGCCACCCAGUGAGACCACCUUUGCUAAGAGGCUGCAGCAACAAGGAUACACCACAGGCCUAGUGGGUAAGUGGCACCUGGGUGUGAACUGUGAACACAGAGGGGACCACUGCCACCAUCCGAACCAGCAUGGCUUCAGCUACUACUACGGCUUACCGUUCACCCUGUUCAACAACUGUGUGCCUGGAGAGGGAAAUGAUGUCCUGGCAGACUUCGAGCGUACACUCCGAUAUCUGACCAUGAUGCUUGGGGUGGGACUUUUCACACUGGUGUGUGUCCGUGUGUGCGGCCUCCUUGAAGUCAGCCUGCGGCUCUUGGUAGCACUGUUCUUUCUCAGUUUCCUAGCAGUCGCUCUGUGGUAUGCUCCCUUUAUGCUCCUGCAGACCUGGAACUGCAUCAUCAUGAGGAACCAAGAGGUGAUCGAACAGCCAAUGACAGUAGAGACAUUGCCCGAGAGGCUGCUGGGAGAAGCACAAAACUUCAUGAAGAGGAAUGUUGAUCGUCCAUUCCUCCUCUUUUUCUCAUUGAUCCAUACCCACACACCACUCUUUACAACCCCCGCAUUUGCUGGCAAAAGUCGCCAUGGUCGCUAUGGUGAUAACCUAGAAGAAAUGGACUGGAUGAUUGGUAAAAUUACAGAGACGGUGGACUCCCUCGGCCUAGCCAACAAUACACUGAUGUACUUUACAUCAGACCAUGGUGGACAUCUAGAGAUUUCUGAUUCCAGAAGCGGCCAGAAAGGAGGCUGGAACGGCAUCUAUAAAGGUGGUAAAUCUAUGGGAGGCUGGGAGGGUGGGAUCAGGGUGCCUGGUAUUUUCCGCUGGCCUGGCAGACUAGCAGCUGGAAAAGUCGUGGACGAACCCACUAGCCUCAUGGAUCUGUAUCCAACACUGAAAUAUUUGGCCAAGGACACACAACCAGACAGACAAUUGGAUGGAUAUAACCUCAUGCCAGUGUUGGAGGGGAAGGUAGAGCGAUCAGAGCAUGAAUUCAUGUUUCACUACUGUGGAAUCUACCUCAAUGCAGUACGCUGGCACCCACCUGGAAGUGACUCCAUAUUCAAGGUGCACUUUUUCACUCCCAACUUUUCUCCCCCGGGAGCCGGUGGAUGCUACGACACAAAGGUUUGUCUGUGUCAUGGAAAAUUCGUGACGUAUCACAACCCACCACUGCUGUACGACCUGUUCCACGAUCCCUCAGAGUCCCGCCCACUGUCCCCUGAUACUGAGCCACGAUACGCUGAAGUUCUUGAGCAGAUCGCCAAAGCUGUGGAGAGACAUCAGACUACCAUCCCAAACAAGCAGGUGUCUGAUGAUACUCCACAACCCAAUGCAGAUGAACCCAGCGUUGAAAGCCAGAUGACAUGGAACAAGAUUCUGUGGAGACCCUGGCUUCAGCCCUGCUGUGGGACUUUUCCAUUCUGCGGCUGUAAAGAGAACACAACGCAUAUUUAAGGGAAAAAAAUCCGCCAGACAGUCUUAAAUAAUUGACAAAGAACAGCCUGGAUUUGGUCAAGCUUGUGUUGUAGCUACAACAGGGUUUCACGUUUUCUCAAGAAUUGUUCAGGGUGCAUUCAUGAGCUCUCACCAUUCCAAUACUCCAGAGUAAUUCAGUGAUGUGACUUGAAAAUGUUUGGCUGCAGGCAUGCAAAGUUGUCACCUUUUGGUAAAAUUUGACAUUUGAAUCUAAAAUAGGUCACCUACAUUAUUUGUGUAGAUCCCCUGAGUUUUUGAAAUUUGAGCCGGGGGGUCUGGAUCUAUGAGGAUAGAGUGAUGAGGAAUUAAAUGUGUUUCUGAGUUAUGGAAAAAAAAAAAAAAAGAAAUAAGCUUCUGGCACUUGAGCCGGCCUUAAGGUAAUAACCUCUUACAGUAGCAAAACAGAUGAUAACCUUAGUUGGUUUGUAUAUGUCAAGCUUAGCCUGAUUAGGUUGAGUUGUUCUGAUUUAGAAUUAGCCAUCACAAUUUGGAUUUAACAUUAGGCGAUAGCCUUAUCCUUAUUCCCAUUGAGUGUAAAGUUAGCUAGCUUGUUAUACCAAAUUCCACUCGUUCACCAACGUUACCAUUUUGCAAACAAAUACAACAUAAGUUGAGCUCCUCAGCCAAAGUGCCAACUAACAAUGCUAGUGUUAGCCCCUAAUGGUUCCAUUGUCUUUAUGCUAAGAUAAUAUUAGCAAGGCUAACACUGACAUAACAUGAUGCAGUAGUGUAGAUAUUUAGCUAACAUGCAAUUACACAACCCCAUCUAGGUUUACGCCUGGCAGAGACAAAUAUGCACAUUCAUUCAUUCAUUCAUCUUCUAACCGCUUCAUCCUCUUGAGGGUCGCGGGGGGGCUGGAGCCUAUCCCAGCUGACAUCGGGCAAGAGGCGGGGUACACCCUGGACAGGUCGCCAGACUAUCACAGGGCUGACACAUAGAGACAAACAACCAUUCACGCUCACAUUCACACCUACGGACAAUUUAGAGUUAUCAAUUAACCUAGUUCCCAAUCUGCAUGUCUUUGGACUGUGGGAGGAAGCCGGAGUGCCCGGAGAGAACCCACGCUGACACGGGGAGAACAUGCAAACUCCACACAGAAGGGCUCCCACGCCCGGGAUCGAACCAGCAACCCUCUUGCUGUGAGGCGACAGUGCUAACCACCACACCACCAUGCCGCCCCAAAUAUGCACAAUUUAUGUAAAAAUAUACUGUAUACAUUUGUAUACAUUUUACAUGCUGUAUCUAUAUAUUCAGUGAGAAAAAUAUAGCAGUUGAAUUAACAAAUUGAGUGAAGAUGUUCUGUUUAUAUAGCAAAACUAUAAUGACAAAAUUGUGCGCGUAAAUUCAAGAUGGGUGGUAACAUCUGUGAUCACUUACUUAACUUGAACUACAGUAUGUGAAUUGAAUGUUCAUUAUCUGGUUCCAUUUCAGAGUGAGAGAAUUCAGGGAGAAAGAAUCUGCUUUCAAAGGAGAUUGACGCAGGUGUGAGAUUUUUUCGUACAAGCCCUGAACUGAUGCCCCUUACUGUACUUUUAUAGCAGUAAGAUAACAUUAAUUCUAGGGUGAGUUUUCCCGAUAUCUACAUGCUAAAAUCAACUGUAAAUCCGCAUGUUAAAGGUGAUAUUUCAGAAAAAUAAUUUUGUCACAUUUUCUCCCCUGACGAGUUUGCAUGCCUGUUUGCCUACAGACAGUGUAAAAUCUUGGAUUUCCAUCAAGUCAUUACUUGCAUUUAGAAGCUUUAUUUAAUCUGAAAUUCAAGUUGAUGGCACAAUGCAAUUAAUUGUGUUUUGAUUAAGAUAGAAAGCUUAAAAAAGGUUAUAUCAAUUAAUCAAGCAAUUGAUCACUUACAUGUCACAUGAAGUCAUACCAGGUCUAACUCCAGUGAAAUGCAAUCCAGUCAGCACUCUGAACUUGUAUAUUGCAGUUCAGUCCUUUGUUGCCUCUUCUUUCAUCACUGGCAGCUGCUUUAUAAUUGUCCAUGUUUUCAGACGAGCUGCUGUACGUGCGUUUAUGGCAUUCAGAUUUGUUUUAGUAAUCUAUGGUUUCUAGUGGUGACAUUUUUUCAACUGUAGUCUUGGGUACAGUUGCCUCUGUUGUUGUACAAAUUAAAUCCACAACAGACUCAGUGAAUUCAUUUAUAUCAUCUGUGACGUUUACAGAGGUGUCCUGGAAUGUGCUCCAGUAUUUAAAAUGAAGACACCUUCAAAACUGAAACAAAAUAUUUUUGAAACCGAUCAAAAUUACAGUGAAGAUUAAACAAUGCAAUGACGACACUGUAACAGGGACAAGUGCAUUAUUACACUGUAAACUUGCAAUAGAGCCAAAAAAAGAUGCGUCUUUGCAAACAUGAAGGGGAAGUCAGAUGUUUACGAGUGUGUCAUUCAUCACGUGACGGAUCUGUUCAGUUGGUGCUCCUAUUUAGUGCAAUAAUAAAAUCAGUGCUUUAAGGAUGACACAAUAAAAUGUACAUUCCAAAAAAUCCUGCGUAGCU